UUCCUCGGUGCUGUGUCCCGUUAUCUGAGUCCACAGGAAACCUCAAACUCCUCCAGAGAUGAGACGAAGGAGAAAACAGGACGACGUUUCCCUCCCGGGUCUGAAGAAGUCCACUUUGAGGACUCUGAGGAUGAUGAAGGGCUGGAUCUUUAUCCUUUUCCUGACAGGUGUCCUCCCUCCGGCUUGUUCAGGCGUCCAUGUGUUUGUGAGAGACGAGAAGAGGUACGCCGUGCUGUUCCAGUCCGUGGUUCUUCCCUGUCAGUACAACAGCGUGUCCACUCAGACCCCCGUGGUGCAGUGGGUCUACAAGUCGUACUGUCGAGACCGCACACGGGAUUCGUUCAAUUUCCCAGACAGCCUGGGCGGAGGUCUGGGAGGAGGCGGGCUGACGGGUGGAGCGGGUGGAGCUGUCAGCGGGUACGAGACGGCGAUGACGGCGAGCUACCUGGACUGUGCUGACAGCAGCCGGACGGUCCGGACCGUGGCCUCGGUCUCUGGCUCCUCCAUCACUCUGUCAGAGUACUACAAGAACCGAGACAUCUCCAUUAUCAACAAGGCAGACCUGCGUGUGGGAGAGGUGCAGUGGGGCGACAGUGGCGUGUACAUCUGUAAAGUGGUGAUAUCUGACGACUUGGAGGGUCAGAACGAAGCGUCCGUGGAGCUGCUGGUUCUCGGUUUUUCUUGGGUGCCUGAGGAUCUCCUGCCAGACUUUGAUUUGAAGAUUAUGCCAGAAUGGGUGUUUGUGUCCGCGGUGGCUCUGGGCAGCGUCUUGUUCCUGCUGUUGGUCGGGGUUUGUUGGUGUCAGUGCUGUCCUCACUCCUGCUGCUGCUACGUCAGCUGCUGGUGCUGCCCUGACACAUGCUGCUGCCCUCGACACUUAUAUGAAGCAGGUAAAGGUAUAAAGACGGGCAGCUCCACCCCUCAGUUGCCUGCCUACCCUCCAUACUUCGUCACUGGUGUCCCGACCAUGGUUCCCAUCGCGCCCCCGUCACUGGUGGACAAGAUGUCUACCGUCACUGCGUCUGAUGGCAGCCUACUCACAGCAGUGCCAAUGCAUGCUGUAGGGGUUCCCUACCGCGUGCCCACCCCUCAGGAGCAGGACUCUCUCAGGGUGCUUCAGUAUGUAGAGAAGCAGCUGGCUCACUUCCACCCUGCCCGGUCCAUCAGCCACCAGUCCUGUAACCUGUCCGAGCUGAGCUCCCUCCAUGAAGGAGAAACGGGCUUCCGUCAAACAUAUCGAAGCGUCCAGAAGAAAGCUCUGCCGGCCAUUCCUGACCACGACCCGGAGCCUGAACCUCAGCGUUACCAUGAAAGCCGAAGUCCAGAGCUGCAGCGUUACCGGGACAAUCCUCCUUCACCUCGACGAUACCGUGACGACCCGCCAGACCCUCGCCACGGCCAGGACGAGCCCCUUCCUCCACGACGGUACAGUGACGACCCUCCUUCCUCCUCACAGUCACACAGAGCUGCAAGAAAUCCGAGGAAGACUCACAGCGACGAUGAGAACCACAAGAGGUGGAACCCUCGAUCAGAACAUCUGCACAGGAAGUCGUACCGUCCUGAAGGACGGACAGGCUCACUGGAUGAGCUGGAGGAGUUUGCUGCGUCGUACAAACAAAGAGGAACCAGAGAGACAGAGCGGAGAGAGGAGGAGAGAGCGCGGUACGACGUGGAGCUUCUUGAGUUCAGUCAGUAUCCUUCGUACCGGGACUGUCCAGCUCAGCAUUAUCACAGUGAUGACAACGAGCUGGAGGACAACAGUGACCGUGAAGACCACACCCGACGCAACAAGAAGAACAGACACACCAUAAGCCCGCUGUCCUCACCCAAAAGGAGGAGGGGGACCUGGGACAGCGAUCGUCCAGCUCCACCUCCUCCCAGAGUCAGUCCUCCAUCCAGCUCCUCUCAGGAGAAGGACUAUGACAGCACCUUCCUGAACAAGCUGUUGGAUCGCAAAGCAAAGCUGCGAGGGGUCAUCCAGGGGAAGAAGGGGGCCCGCGGUGAGGAGGAUUCAGACUCGCCUUCGAAGAGCAGCUCCAAAAAGAGCAGCGGGGAAUCCAGCCGCUCGCCAAGUAACAGGCUGGAGCUGGAAUCACUGCCUGCUUACUCAGAGACGGAGCGCAGCAGGACCGACAGGCCGUCUCCCCGGCCUGCACACGCUCACUCCUCACCAGCUCCUGCACACGCUCACUCCUCUCCGGCUCCUGCACACGCUCACUCCUCUCCGGCUCCUGCACACGCUCACUCCUCUCCGGCUCCCGCACACGCUCACUCCUCUCCGGCUCUUGCACACACGCUCGCCCACAGAGAGGAACCUCGGGACAAGAGCCGCAAAGUGAGCACCCUCCUGAGCCGGGACUCCCUCAUCGUCUGAUGAUCUGAUGAUCUGAUGGUCUGCAGGCCGCAGACCGAGUGCUGACAGCAAGCUCCAUGUGACGGAAACAUGAUGGACGUGUUUGGACUGUAAAACUGUGUAAAGUAGGACUGACCCUGGAGGAGAGCUGCUGAAGAAACACUCUGUGGACGCUUUAACUCUGGAGACUGUUACCGGAGUUCCUGCCGUGACGUCGCUCAGUGAUGAUGUCAUCACGGUCUCUGUCACCGGCAGCCUCGUAUCUCUCAGCUGGACUAACACUGAACUAACGCUGGCCGUGUGUGUGACCUGGACUGUCCCUCCCUGCAGGACGCCGUCCCUCUCGUCCCUUUAGAGAACGCUCCAGAGCGACCAGACGCGCUUCCAGAACAACGGCUCCAUUCAGUUCCUCCAAUGAGACUCACUGUCUGCAUUAAAACGCAGCAGUUGUUGAGAGGAAGGUGAAUGACUGCACCAUCAUUGUUAAGGACAUAUUGUAGCUUCCAUUGUUUGACAAUACACACACACACACACACACACACACACACACACCCACACACUGUGUCAUUCAGCAACAUAUUCAGGGACUAACUCUGUCUGCUUUUACAAACUGCAGCUGGAUCUAUUAAUAAUCACUAAACGUUGAUGUUCACCUAGAGGACAGAAACUCUCUGAGUGUUUGAACAACGGCUGAAGAGACUUUGAGAGAAAAGAAGCUUUAGCAGUUUUUAGUGAUACGCUGUUUAGUGUUUAGAAAUAUGUGGCAAUGUGCUAUGUUCAGAUUUUAGACGAACACGCUCCCCUGCUCGCCCCUCCUGUCGGUGGAGCUUCAGUGACCUUCAAGAAGAAGAAGCUGCUCUGAUGCAUGAUCACUCUGAUCCUCCAUUUGUCAAUUUUCCAUCAAAGAUGUCUUUCAGUAUCAGAUAUUUGCUUCUUUGUCUCCGUCUCCGUCUUUGUCUUUGUCAGCCGGGGCUUUUCUUGUGGCCCCUCACUGAAUAUAUAAACAUGCAUGUUUCUACUUUGUCCGUUACAUGCUGCCGUAGAAACAUGGCGAUGCAAGAUGGCGGCCUCUGAGGAAGGAGAGCUGCUCCUUAGUUGAUAUUAAAGACUCAUUCAAAUCUUUUUAACAUUAACAUGAGUUUACAUGAAUUCAAACAUACUGAUGAAUACUAUAUUCCAUAUCUAGCUAUUAAAUGAGGCUGAUUAUUGUCCACUGUACCGUUAAAUCCUGUUCAUGUUUAACCCAGCAGAGUCCUGGUUCUAGAGCUCCUCUGUUUCAAACAACGAUUCAUGUCUGAUCCUGGAGCAGGAUUAUGAUAAUCCUGCUCCAGGAUCAGACAUGAGGACAAAACUUUAUAUGAAAAGAGAACUAAAGAAAAUAACGCCCCCUGCUGGUCAGAAGCUUUCCACUCUUGAUGAGAGCCAUAUGGACUCAAAGUCUGACAUAAACACAGAAACUAACAUUAUAAAGCAAUCAUUAAUAAGACGCUGAUCAUCUCAUUUCACUGUGUAGAUCAUGAAGAGACAUCAGCUAAAAACUCCUUACGGUGCCUUUAAUCCAGAUAAUACAAGUAUUAGUUUCCUUUCAGCUCAGCAACUUGUCUCUGUGAAGAAGAGUCCGUUAACCCUUUCAGCUCAGCAGAUUGUCUCUGUGAAGAAGAGUCCGUUAACCCUUUCAGCUCAGCAGUAGCAGCUCAAUCAUCCACAUGAUGCUGAGGUAGAUACUGUGAGUCAAAUAGCACUCAAUGUAGCCCCUCUGCCCUUGUUCAACCUGUUUCCAGCUCACAGUUUCUCAACCUUUCUCAAGUCCUGCACUCAGAGUUCAUUACGUGAACUGGAUUGUUAUAGAAGUGGUUGUAGUGUUGUUCCCUCCUCAGCAUCAAUCAGAUAUGUUUAAUACAAGGUGGUGAUCAUAGCGGAGCAUGCAGCAGUGAAAGAGGAUGAACUCAGCGUGUCAGAGUGAAGAGGAGGAGUUUACUUUAAAGGUUAAUGUGAUGUUUUAAAUCAUGAAGAAGAACAGAAACAUCAAACUGAAGACCUCUGACCCAGUUAUCUGUUCGUCUCAGCGUUCACAGCAUCCGUUCAGUUACUGUGACGCUCUUUAAACUCUGAACUGAGUCUCCCCCCGGUGUUCAGUGUUUAAUGAAGGUUUGAACUAACUCUCUCUGUCUGUUAGUAAACACUGAUCAGCUGUUAAAGGUAGCAAGUUAAAGCUGCAGUCUGAAACAUGCUGAUCAUGAGAACUGUUUGUGGGGUGAGUUAUGUUGUUGUUGUCUGUAAAUAUGUUUCCUCAGAUCCUCAGUGACGGUGUACAUAAGAUCAAGUUUUAAAGCUGGGUUCUGUAUUCAGACCUUUCUUAUCUCUGCUGAGAUUAACCUUCACCAGUCAUCAUCAGUCACAUGACCACGACCUCAAAACGCCACACCUGAGUGUUUAACCAUCAGUCUAACGCCACAAUCCACCUGACGACACUAACACCACGUCUGCAACCCUUCACAUCAACUGUUUCUACUCUGUGUUCUCUUCUGUCUGGUACUGACAAGCGUGUGUCUGUGUGUGUGUGUGUGUGUGUGUGUGUGUGAGAUGACUCUUUACUUUUCUGUAAAGGAGUGGAUGUGUAACGCAGUAUGAGUCACGUCUUUGUUCAUUGUUGGAGUCACAGGCUGCUCGUCUUUGUCACACAGCAGCUCCUCCUGCUCAGACACACAUGUUCCUGCUCCUCGUUGUUUUUUGUCCUCCUCAUAAAUAAAGUGUUUGUUUAUUAAAGAUGGACGCACUGAUUUUUUAAGGAGCAGGAACACAAAGACCUGAAGAUGAACUGUGGAUCCUCUCAACCUGAAGCUUCAGCAGGAUUAAUAAAAAGGUGUGAUAUCA